UCACUGCGCACACCAUCACCUAUCAGAUAUGGUCGCACUCCAUACAACCUCCCACCAACAGUAAAAAGGCAAUUCUGCAGAAAUGACAAUUGAAGGAAACCACAGUUUGCAAACACGCACAUGCAGAGCAAGAUAACAGGUGCAAGAAGUCGAUUUUUUUUUUGUCGCGGGAUAAAAGUUAUAACAAAUAUAUUUUAUUAUCAAAGCAUCAGCAACAAAGAAAGCAGUGAGGAAGCCUGUUGACAUUUUGGACUUGAAACAAAAAAAAACAAAUUCAAAAAAUGAUUCCGUUCUUACUCAUUGUCUUUUUGGCUUCUGUUUCUGAAGGAUUUCAAGGAAAUGAGUUAGACCAUGCGGUUAACAGGACGCAGUCCGCAGUCACAAACAGAACUUCUACAAACAAAACUGAAAGCUUAAGACUAGUGUUACUGGGUGGUGACAACAAUUGUUCUGGUCUGCUUCAUGGCUUUUACAAUGGGACAUGGAUGCCUCUAUCGCUUUCAACAAAUGACAGCACCACCUACACGGAUUUAGUUUGUCGAGAACUUUCCUGCGGAGGGACUUCACUCUCUCAGCCUCCCACUCAGGUGGAAGCUGGGAAUCCCUCCGGUGUGCUGGAAUGUAAUUUGAACGAAGCAGGAGAAUGGAACUGCACUGUGCCCAACAUCACGUCAAAAAAGAAAAUUAACGUAACCUGCAAAGGUCCGGCUCUCAGACUGGCAGGAGGGGGGGACUCCUGUGCUGGGAGAGUCGAGGUCUGGGAAGAUGGAGCGUGGGGAACAGUGUGCGAUGACUGGUGGGACCUGAUGGACGCCAAUGUGGUAUGCGCUCAGCUGAACUGUGGAUAUGCCACUCAGGUGGUAAUGGAUGGUGCCAAGCAGUUUGGGUAUGGAAGUGGCCACGUGCUACUCGAUGACGUAAACUGCACGGGAACCGAGAAGUUCCUCUGGGACUGCCCAGCACUGAAGCACAGUGGAGACUGCGGACACAAAGAGGAUGUUGGAGUCAUCUGCUCAGAGCAUAAGGCAUUACGUUUGACUGGUGGUCUGGACAGAUGUUCUGGUAUAAUCGAGAUCCACAGAAACGGCACGUGGGGAACAGUGUGCAACAACGGCUGGGGGAAUGAUGAAGGAAACAUUGUGUGUCAACAACUGGGAUGUGGUAGUUCAAGAACGUGGAAAAUUAACCACUCCGUUACACACCAUCCAACUCACCUCUGGUACUACAGUUGUGUAGACAAACAUUCAAGUCUUUGGGACUGCAGGGAAUAUUUCAACAAUACGUUUCUAUGCUUUGACUCGAAGCCUGCUGCAGCUGAAUGUAAUAGCUCACUUGGCUUCAACAUGACUAUGCCUAAGACUUCUGUGACUGAGCAAUGGACAGUGGUGCCAACAACUGAAGUCGUUAAAACUCUGGACGAUUUCCUCACUCCUCCAGUGAUUGGAUGCUUUGUGCUUUCAUUCUUGCUAUUUCUAAUGAUUGUGCUCUUUACUGUGUUGUGCUGCUGUGUCAAGAAAAGAAACAAGUUGACUGUACAGCAGAUUGGUUCCAGUCUACAGGGAGUCUCUGUCACAAAUGAAAAAAAUGACUACAGAUACAUAGCAGACUGCAUGAAGACGACCACAGAGCCAGCAAACAAUAACACAGCUGCCACUGCACCUGAAAUUACUCAACCUCUGAAUGCCACCGAUUCCUCGUUCGAGUCGGAUUAUGAUGAGUAUGACUUCAGUGCAGAACCUGCCGUCUCCAUGUCCACUUUCCAAAAUUCUCUUAAAAACAGAACAGAGACUAGAAAUCCGGUGCCUAACACACUGCUACUUGAGACGGUGAUGGAGGAAGGUGCCGCAUUUCCACCUAGUAGGAAUCAGCAAACUGCAUCUCAGGCAGAUGAUGAAACUUCUAGUACAUCUUCAGGGGAAGACUACCAGAAUGAAGUUACAUCAACUCCUAAAUCAUGGGUUACAGAAGAGAACAUCCCUUUAGUGCAGUUACCUGUGGUCAAAGCUGUGCCCCAAACUGCACCCCAGCCAGCCUGGAAUCAGUGCAUUACAAACAAUAAGAACCCAUCCUACAAUUCUAUACCUGAGCAUUGUUCAGAUUCAUCUAGCACCUCAUCAGGGGAAAAUUAUGAAAACAUUGGAAAUAGCAAUUUUAAGAAAGAAAUACGAGGUUUCUCUACAGGCCAACCAAAUAAUAUUUGUGAAGAUUCGUCAUCAGAGGAUGAUUAUGACGACAUUGCAAACUACGUUCACUGAAUAGGACACCAUCAGUGUUUCUUCCACCAUGUGGCUGUGCAUUCCAGGAAUAAAAGUUAAACAUCCUCUUUACCUUUCUGCCUCUUCCCCCAAGAAAUCACUAACUGACCAAAGAAAAUGAGCACACAUAAUUUAAGAACCGAUUCAAAAGCCAUCUGAUCCAUUAUAAAUGAAGGUUUUGUGUAUAUUGACAUAUGAAUUGUCACAUUUGAGACAAAUAUUUACAAGGUAAAGAAAGAUGAACCAAGAAGACAAUAGAGUUCAUUAAAUGGAAUUCGUUUUAAGUGGAAGAAUUUCUGUAGAUGGGCACAUGAACAUUAAAAAAUUCCCAUCCAUCCCUAUUUCUGCUCCUUCCUUGUCUGUGCUCUAAUGGAUAGUAGGACUGUGGUCUGUUGUGGGGAUUCAGGUGUUUCCAGUCAACCCUGACAAUAUGGUCCUGGGCUACAGGUGCAGUCUGUAGAGCUCUCUUGAUAAACAUGCUGCUUAUUAACGGCCUGUAAACAAAGGAUCUUGGUCCUGACCAUCUGCCAUAACUACUACAGUAUACAAUGCAUGCCAAACAAAAGAGGAUAUGACUUUUCACUUGGUGAAAGAUUAAUGACACACUGAAUCACGUUUGCAACAGUCCAGACGCCAAAUGAAAAUCAACUCGGGAACACUACAUCAAGUAGAGAAAGAAGAAUGCACACUACUCUGCAAUGCCAAAAGAACGUUUGUUGGUUAUCAUGUACAGUAUAUACUGAUGAUUACGUUUAUCUAUAAUGUAAAGCAUGCUUUUAUAGGGUUUUUCACUAUCUUAAAUGGAGGACAGUUACAACAAUUAAAUGCUGAUAACCUGCAUGUACUUUCAGAAAGAAUAAAAGAUGGCUCUGUUUAA